AUGUCCAGUUUGCACGCCGCCGCCGCCGUCGUUGUGGCGUCACUGGUGACAGUGGCGUCCCCCACAAUCGUCAGCCUCGUCCUCCAACGCCGCCUCCAACAGCGACGAGGUUCUCCCGCCACCAACCCACCUCUCCUUUCUCUCCCUGGGCAGCCAGGUCUAAGCACUGUCAACUACGAGUCAAUUGUGACUCCCGCUGUUGACAGUCCUCAACCGGCAACCGCUGCCAUUGAGGAGUACGCUGUUGUGUCUUUUGGUUCUGGCCCGUCGGCAGAAACGUUACUGCCGGCACCCGGCAUACCUUCCCUGUCUGGGCUCGGCUCACCUGCCAUGUAUGAGGAAUCAGAUAUCUUCCCUUUUGAGGCCGACUUUCCGGUCGUGCCUACACAACUUGAAGACCUCGAGAGUCUUGUUGACCAACAACAAGAACUCGCGUCAUAA